AUGAUUUCCAUAUCCCUGGUCAUCGGCUCAUUGGUCGUCUGCUUUUCCUUCGGCCAGGUUUUUCUUCGAAUAUUUCUAGACUCCCUGAGAUAUAACGAGUAUCUUGGCACGGCCCUUGACGAGACGACCAAUCCUGUAAACUACUACGUAGCCAGGGGAGUAAUUCUGCUGGUCCUGUGCUGUGUAUAUUUCAUCUUGCUGACCAAGCUUGACAACCUUGCCUCCCUGUCCUUCUUCGCAAAGUUCAGUCUUUUCACUGCUGUCGUCUUCUGCAUUGUUAUGAUUGUCUAUGGGCUGUGGAAGCCUGCCACUGACGGCCUGACGGUCCUUCCGGAUCUUAGCAGCGGCAUAAACUUGGCAAAUCCCCUUGGUGCUGUCAUAUUUGCCCUGCACUGCCAGUUCUCAUACAUGGACAUCUUCAACUCCAUGAGGG